AUGUAUAUGAACUCAAAUACCGUACGAAAUGUGCCCAAAGAUUUGGGUGCUUUUCAGACUCUGGUGGCCGGUUGGGAACAGGUUGGCGCCCGUAAGCUCACCCCCACCCCCACCAGAGAUGCCUAUCCUCUCAGUUCGCCCUCUUAUCCACCCGUUAACGAGACUAUAAAUAUCGGUCAGCCCAUACUACCGAUGCCCUCUCCCACUCCUGUCCUCAAGUCGGCUGAACUUAAGGAGCAAUUCUUACGCGACUUAUCGCCGACUCCGACGCCGACUACCCCGCAGUCGAGUAACGCGCGAACCCCUACGACACCCACUUAUGGCGGGUCGGGGUAUCGGUUCGCCGGAGUCGAGCGUUUGGCUCAAAGACAGAAGAUUUAUGAGCCGCAGAUCACACCACAGAUCCCACAACUGAUCCCUUCCCCUGAAUCACGUAAAGAGAACUUAUCACCGGUUGUGUUUCAGCUCAACGCCAAACGCGAUCUCUUCUUUCGUGAUAACCCGACGCCUCCCAACUCUAUCGUGAACUCCAGUCCCGUCACUAAAGAUAUCUAUUUGUCGAGAGAUAGGGAUCGCAUCGAGAAUAUGACGCAUUCAGGCCGUGGAGACGAUAAUAAGCCGGUUCUGGCGAAGGACUCGGAUGUGUUCGUCGGCUUUUCCGAUCUUCCCAAUCAAAUACACAGGAAAACCGUCAAAAAGGGCUUUGAAUUUACUCUUAUGGUCGUCGGAGAGUCUGGUUUAGGAAAGUCAACUCUUGUGAACUCCAUGUUUUUGACGGACAUCUACUCCGAUGAAUAUCCGGGUCCUUCCAGACGCGCUACAAAGACCGUUGAGGUCGAGACCACUAAAGUGUUGCUGAAGGAGAAGACAGUGAACCUUCACCUGACGAUUGUCGAUACGCCCGGCUUUGGCUGCGCCGUCGAUAACACUAACUGUUGGCAACCGAUCACUAAUUUCAUUGAAAAUCGAUAUGAAGAGUAUCUGAACGCAGAAACGCGUGUCCAUCGGACGCACAUUCAGGACAAUCGCGUCCACUGUUGUCUAUAUUUCAUCUAUCCUUCUGGUCAUUCACUAAAGCCAUUGGACAUCGAGUUUAUGCUUCACUUACACGACAAAGUGAACAUAAUUCCCGUCAUCGCCAAAGCAGACACUCUCACUCCCGAGGAAUGUCUUCAAUUCAAGAAAAACGUUAUGAACGAAAUCACACAAAAUAAGAUCAAAGUCUAUGAGUUUCCUGAAGGCGAGGAAGAAGAAGACGGAAAGACUCAAAAGCAACUGAAGAGUCGAAUCCCAUUCGCUGUCGUCGGAAGCAAUUACGUGAUUGAGUCGAGUGGAGAGCGAAGACGUGGCCGCAAAUAUCCCUGGGGUUGUGUGGACAUCGAGAAUAUGGAUCACUGCGACUUCGUUGCCCUCAGGAAUCUACUGAUCCGCACCUAUAUGUUGGACUUAUUGGACACGACUAAUAACGUUCACUACGAGAACUUCCGGUGCCGUAAACUUACGGGUAUUGGACCCGAAAACAAGAAAGCGAUCAAAGAUGCGAACAAUUAUUGCUCUCAAAGGAACUCGAAGAACACCUCUCAGAUGGUGUUCUGGAAUCCUUUGGCGCAAAUGGAAGAGGAGAAGAAAGAACAUCAGACGAAGAUGAAGAAGAUGGAGGCGGAGAUGGAACAGGUGUUUGAGAUGAAAGUCAAUGAAAAGGUCAACAAACUGAAGGACUCCGAGCAAGACCUGACUCGUCGUAACGAUGAUAUGAUUAAGAAAUUGGAUCAACAGAGACAGGAAUUGGAGGACAGAAGGAAAGCAUACGAAAAAGAUUUGGAAGCCUUUGAACUCAUCUCCAAAGACAUGGAAGAGAUCAGAAGAGUUAACACUUUGGACAACACUAUGAGAGAAUUACAAUUUGACGGAAAAAACAAAGAGAAGAAAAAGAAGGGACUCUUUUAGACCAAAACAUAUAAUACGGGAAUAACUUGUAUUUCAAUUGCAUGUCAUGUUAUGUCAUGUCAUGUGUCGCACAAGU